UGUUGAUUAAUGUCUCACAAGAUUUUCACAAGAUCUCGUUAGUAAAAUGGAUUUUAGGUCCAUAAACCCGAUCACAUCUAAUGCGCUUAAUCUUGCUGCAAGAAAUAACGAUGUAGAAGCAGUCGAAAGAUUACUUAAAAAAAUCAACCCCAACUGCACUGAUAAUCGUGGUUGGACGUGCCUUCAUGAAGCUGCAGCAAAUGACAGCUAUGAAAGUCUGCAGUUAAUUUUAAAACAUAAGUAUAUUAGGCCAUUAGUAGAAACUCACGAAGGUUAUACAGCGCUCUAUCUUGCAUGUCGGUACGAGCGUUCCAUCCAGACGAUAAAAGCCAUACUGGAAAGUGUGCCUGAUAUAGCAAACUAUGGAAGUAAUGAUUAUGAUACUCCUCUGCAUUUUUCAAGUGAUCAAGGCAGGGUGGAAGUCGUACAGCUGUUAUUAGACCAUGGAGCAAUAAUUGAUGUUCAAGAUUUUGAUGGAGAUACUCCUUUACAUCAUGCUGCACUUAGCAAACAAUAUGAAGUCCUUGCUCUAUUAUUAUACGCAGGAGCCGAUCCGGAAUUAAAAAAUGAUGCUAAUUACUUGCCAUUUCAUCUAGCAUGUUACAGAGGAUGUUUUGAUGUUGUAACUACUUUAUAUCUAUUCAUAAAUGAUGUUAAUGAAGUCACAAUAAAUGGUGAUAGUCCCCUCAUUCUAGCUACACAAGGUUUUAAUGAUGAAAUUGUUAAAUUUCUGCUAGAAAGGGGUGCUGAUCCUGAUUUAAAAAAUUUUUUACAAGAUCUCGUUAGUAAAAUGGAUUUUAGUUCCCUAAGCCCGAUCAAAUCUAAUGCGCUUAAUCUUGCUGCAAGAAAUAACGAUGUAGAAGCAGUCGAAAGAUUACUUAAAAAAAUCAACCCCAACUGCAUUGAUAAUCGUGGUUGGACGUGCCUUCAUGAAGCUGCAGCAAAUGACAGCUAUGAAAGUCUGCAGUUAAUUUUAAAACAUAAGUAUAUUAGGCCAUUAGUAGAAACUCACGAAGGUUAUACAGCGCUCUAUCUUGCAUGUCGGUACGAGCGUUCCAUCCAGACGAUAAAAGCCAUACUGGAAAGUGUGCCAGAUAUAGCAAACUAUGGAAGUAAUGAUUAUGAUACUCCUCUGCAUAUUUUAAGUGAUCAAGGCAGGGUGGAAGUCAUACAGCUGUUAUUAGACUAUGGAGCAAUAAUUGAUGUUCAAGAUUUUGAUGGAGAUACUCCUUUACAUGAUGCUGCACUUAGCAAACAAUAUGAAGUCCUUGCUGUAUUAUUACACGCAGGAGCCGAUCCGGAAUUAAAAAAUGAUGCUAAUUACUUACCAUUUCAUCUAGCAUGUUACAUGGGAUGUUUUGAUAUUGUAAAAAAAUUAUAUCUAUUCAUAAAUGAUGUUAAUGCAGUCACAAUGAAUGGUGAUAGUCCCCUCAUUCUAGCUACACAAGGUUUUAAUGAUGAAAUUGUUAAAUUUCUGCUAGAAAGGGGUGCUGAUCCUGAUUUAAAAAGUAAUUAUGAAUGUCUCACAAGGUUUUCACAAGAUCUCGUUAGUAAAAUGGAUUUUAGUUCCCUAAACCCGAUCACAUCCAAUGCGCUUAAUCUUGCUGCAAGAAAUAACGAUGUAAAAGCAGUCGAAAGAUUACUUAAAAAAAUCAACCCCAACUGCAUUGAUAAUCGUGGUUGGACGUGCCUUCAUGAAGCUGCAGCAAAUGACAGCUAUGAAAGUCUGCAGUUAAUUUUAAAACAUAAGUAUAUUAGGCCAUUAGUAGAAACUCACGAAGGUCAUACAGCGCUCUAUCUUGCAUGUCGGUACAAGAGUUCUAUCCAGACGAUAAAAGCCAUUUUGGAAAGUGUGCCUGAUAUAGCAAACUAUGGAAGUACUGAAGAUGUUACUCCUCUGCAUAUUUCAAGUGAUCAAGGCAGGGUGGAAGUCAUACAGCUGUUAUUAGACUAUGGAGCAAUAAUUGAUGUUCAAGAUUUUGAUGGAGAUACUCCUUUGCAUGAUGCUGCACUUAGCAAACAAUAUGAAGCCCUUGCUGUAUUAUUACACGCAGGAGCCGAUCCGGAAAUAAAAAAUGAUGCUAAUUACAUGCCAUUUCAUCUAGCAUGUUACAAAGGAUGUUUUGAUAUUGUAACAAAUUUAUAUCUAUUCAUAAAUGAUGUUAAUGAAGUCACAAUGAAUGGUGAUAGUCCCCUUAUUCUAGCUACACUAGGUUUUAAUGAUGAAAUUGUUAAAUUUCUGAUAGAAAGGGGUGCUGAUCCUGAUUUAAAAAAUAAUUGUGGUGACAUAGCAUUAACAAUGGCCUUAAAUAUGGGACAUAUUUCAACUUUCAAAAUUUUACUGAAAGUCACUGAUCUCAAGAAACUUGAUCAAAAUAUAAUAUUAUAUGCUUGCAAGCCGCACUACUUUAAAUUAGAAAUACUCGAAAUUCUUUUGACGCAUGAUAUAGGACCAGGCUUUUUUGAUUUCUUUGAAAAGUUUUAUGUUGUCCUUGAACAAAUUGGUGAAUUUAGGCCUUCAUAUCUUACCAAUGCACCUAUAAAUUCAUAUUUGAACAUUUGUGAAUAUAUUUAUCAGCAGUCUCAUGAUAAGUUUCAACACUUUUUUUAUUUAUUUUUAAUGCGUGGGCUUUUGGUUAAUGCUUGGAAUAUAAAUGAAUGUCCACCUCUUGUAUACAUACAUUAUUGUAUGCAUGCUGCUUGCUUUGAAGAUGUAUUUCAAAUACUCAGAGAACAUGGCUGUAAUGUUGAUUACUGUAGCUUCAUGACAAACAUUAGUAAAAAAAGAUUUUUACCGGAUGCUUUUAUUGCAUCUUUCACAAGUAAUCCUGCUACAUCACUGGUUAUGUUGCCCUAUAGUUUGUACUGUGAUCCUGAAUAUUUAUUACAGUUUGCCUGUAAAUAUGGAUUGUUAGGCAGAAUACCACAACAAGUCCAAGAUCAAUUGCUUUCAAUGAUUGAUGAAAAUUUGGAGGGUAUCAAUGCAGAAGCACUCUCAUACACAGCUUUACCAUUAAAGCAUUUGUGUCGGCAAAAAAUUAGGUUGCUUAUACGAAACACAAAUAUUAAUUUAUUUAGUACAGAUCAAUAUAUUAAUACUCUUUACUUGUUACAAUUACCUCGAUGUUUAAAAGAGUAUUUACGUUUCCUAUAGGAUAUUUUGUCACUUAAUGUCUGCUUAGAUUUG